AUGACACUACAACUAGCUGAUGGCUCCAUCAAAAGACCGAUUGGGGUUAUUGAAGAUCUUUUGGUGAAAGUUGGGGAAUUUAUCUUCCCCAUUGAUUUUGUAGUGUUGGAUAUGAAAGUUGAUAGAAUAACUCCUCUGAUUCUCGAAAGGACAUUUUUAGUCACAAUUGGUGCACUAACAGAUGUUAAAGAGGGAAAACUUACACUGAGGUUGAAUGAUGAAGAGAUAGUCUUUGAUAUCAAGAAAGCUAUGAAACAUCCUAAUUUUCUUGAAAAUGAUAAGUGUUUUUUCAUUGAUUAUAUUGAUGAUUGCCUUGAUGAAUAUAUUGAAGAAAAGAUGGAGAAUGAAUCUCCACUUCCUUUGGAAAUUGAUGAAAAAGAAGUUUCAAAAGAUUAUUUUGAAGAAUCUUCUAAACUUGAACUUAAACCUUACCUUCUCACUUGA